AUGUAUGCCGUGUACCGCCAAGCCCACUCCCCCACCGCCAUCGAGUUUUCUGUCUACUGCAACUUCAUCUCCAACGAGGAGAAGAACCUGGUCGUCGCUGGAACAUCUCAGCUUUACGUCUACAGGAUCAUUCACGAUGUGGAGGUAAAGUAGCUUUUAGCUAUGUUCAUCUUUCGUUCCUCAGUCACUGAUCAAAAGUACAAUCAGAUAAACGAAGAUAAAUAAAUGUUAGCUACCUUGUGUGGGGAAUAUUAUGUUUUUUCCCUCAUGACAUCCAGUUUACAGUAAUUUACAUCUUUCUCUUCAUAUUUCAGAAUGCUUCAAAGACAGACAAAUCACCAGGUAUGUCCAAAACUGCCUUGUGAUCUAGCAACGUUCUGGUGAAAGAGCAGCUAGUAUGGUGGAAAACCCAGACCUAGGGCAACAACACUAUGCUAUGUUCCACUAUGUUGGAACAUUGUAGGAGGCAACCUGUCUGUGUAGAGAGACUAGUGAACCUCACUGUAUGCUAUUAUUAUGUUGUCAGCCUUCCUCAGACAUGCACGUGCCAACAUUACAGACCAUCUCUGACAUCUGAUUUCUUCUUUGACACGUUCUUGAUAUUUUCCUUGUCCUCUGCAGAUGUCAAGAGUCGUAAGGAGAAGCUUGAGCAGGUGGCUUGUUUCUCCCUGUUCGGUAACGUCAUGUCCAUGGCCUCUGUUCAGCUAGUAGGAGCCAACAGAGAUGCUCUCCUGCUCAGCUUCAAAGAUGCUAAGGUACCUGAGACGUCUAGAUUGAUUGUUUUACUAAUCCUAAACUCACAGCGUUCAUAUUCCAGGUUACUUUAGCCUACUCUAUUCUUUAAAUGUUAUCAAUUAUGAUGUAGCAGUAGCUAUGUGUAGUGGGUGCAAGCAAUCUGUCCUUGAAAAUGUAUCUGACUGCUGUUUACUAUGUCUUGGUUUUGUUUACUCCAGCUGUCCGUGGUGGAGUAUGAUCCAGGAACACAUGAUCUGAAGACUCUCUCGCUUCACUUCUUUGAGGAGCCAGAGCUGAGGGUAAGAGGAAAUUAACUGUGCUUGAAAAACAUUCAAAGACAAAUUACUACCAAGAUGACCAUAUAUGGAAAAAGUUGUAUCUUAUUCCAUAAUUGUUGUAUCUCCAGGAUGGGUUUGUCCAGAACCUGCACAUCCCCAUGGUCCGUGUGGACCCAGAGAACCGCUGUGCUGUGAUGCUGGUGUAUGGCACCCAGCUGGUGGUGCUGCCAUUCAGAAAGGACACGCUUACUGACGAACAGGAGGGAGUAGUGGAAGGGUAUGUAGACAUAUUUCAUUUCAUCAUUUGAUUUAUUUAGUUAGGAUAGACCACUCAGUAACAUUUGCCACAGUUUUUCCAGAGAGUCCUAGAAUCCAUAGCACCUCGUAGUGAUAUUUAGGAGACCUAUAGCAAUGCACUCUUGAGUUGUAGUAACAGUUAUUCUUGACUCGUGUUUUAUUUUACCACCGAUACAGGCCCAAGUCCAGCUUUCUUCCCAGCUACAUCAUCGAUGUCCGUGAGCUGGAUGAGAAGCUUCUGAACAUUGUCGAUAUGAAGUUCCUCCACGGAUACUAUGAACCCACACUGCUCAUCCUGUAUGAGCCCAACCAGACGUGGCCUGGGUCAGUACACCACAUCGGCACCUGUCCUCCUCUGUUCCUCCUGUCUGUCUUAAGGAGACCGCCCCCCUAAACAAAAGUCUGCUGACGAGUUAACAUGAAGAAGGCUAGGAACUUAGCCAUGUCUGGUUCAGACCUGUUUAUGACUGGUAAUAUUGUGGUGUGCAACUCUAGUCUGACCAUGUCCUCCUCCUCCAGGCGUGUAGCAGUGAGACAGGACACCUGCAGUAUCGUAGCCAUCUCUCUCAACAUCAUGCAGAAGGUUCACCCUGUCAUCUGGUCCCUCAGCAACCUGCCCUUUGAUUGCACACAGGUCAUGCCUGUGCCCAAGCCAAUUGGUAAUCACUCACUACAUUUAUGGGUUCUUAUAUUCUGAGUUACAAAUGAAGAGACUUGUAUGAUCAUAUCAUGACUCAAUGUGAAUUUAUUCCCGUUGUGUUUCUAGGUGGUGUGGUGGUGUUUGCUGUCAACUCCCUUUUAUACCUCAACCAGAGUGUUCCUCCAUAUGGAGUGUCACUCAACACACAGACCACUGGGACCACCGCCUUCCCCCUACGUAAGUACUGACUGAGGACAAUAGUUCACAUACAUCAUUGUUCUCAAGCUCACUAUGCAUAUAGAAAGCAACUAUUAUUGCUUAUUAUUAUUAUUUUAUUAUAUAAAAACAUUUAUACCAUGCCUAGGAAAGUAAUUUGGUAACACGUAAGCUGCAAUAUACCUGGAGAUAAUUUAUAAAGCUUUAUAAAGUGUUGUAAGCAUGUAAGAGCCUUUAUAUAUUCUAAUAAGGCUGAUAAACCGUGUGUGUUGGUGUUUCAGGUAUACAGGAGGAGGUGAAGAUCACACUAGAUUGUUCCCAGUCCACCUUCAUCGGCUCUGACAAGAUGGUCAUCUCUCUAAAGGGAGGAGAGAUGUGAGUAGAGCACAUAACAGUUGUGAUGGAAUUUAUUAGCUAUGAACAAAAAUAUAAACGCAACAUGCAACAAUUUCAAAGAUUUUACUGAGUUGCAGUUGAUAUAAGGAAAUCAGUCAAUUUAAAUACAUUCAUUAGGCCCUAAUCUAUGGAUUUCACAUGACUGGGAAUACAGAUAUGCAUCUGUUGGUCACAGAUGCCUUCAAAAAAAGGUAGGGUCGUGAAUCAGAAAACCAGUCAGUAUCUGGUGUGACCACCAUUCACCUCAUGCAGUGCGACACAUCUCCUUCGAAUAGAGUUGAUCAGGCUGUUGAUUGUGGCCUGUGGAAUGUUGUCCUACUCCUCUUCAAUGACAGAGCGAAGUUGCUGGAUAUUGGCGGGAACUGGAACACGCUGUCGUACACGUCGAUCCAGAGCAUCCCAAACAUGCUCAAUGGGUAACAUGUCUGGUGAGUAUGCAGGCCAUGGAAGAACUGGGACAAUUUCAGCUUCCAGGAAUUGUGUACAGAUCCUUGCGACGUGGGGCCGUGCAUUAUCAUUCUGAAACAUGAGGUGAUGGCGGCGGAUGAAUGGCAUGACAAUGGGCCUCAGGAUCUCGUCACAGUAUCUCUGUGCAUUCAAAUUGCCAUUGUGUUCGUUGUCCAUAGUUUAUGCCUGCCCAUACCAUAACCCCACCGCCACCAUGGGGCAAUCUGUUCACAACGUUGACAUCGGCAAGCCGCUCGCCCACACGACGCCAUACACGUGGUCUGCGGUUGAGCGGCCGGUUGGACGUACUGCCAAAUUCUCUAAAACAACAGUGAUGGCUUAUGGUAGAGAAAUGAACAUUCAAUUCUCUGGCAACAGUUCUGGUGGACAUUUCUGCAGUCAGCAUGCCAAUUGCACUCUCCCUCAACUUAAGUCAUCUGUGGCAUUGUGUUGUGUGACAAAACUGCACAUUUUCGAGUGGCUUUUUAUUUUGUAUUUUUUAGGGGGUAGAUCUGUUUAAAGCUGCAGAUAGAUUGUAGCUUCCAUCAAUGUAAUUGUCUGCAUCAUUUCCAAUCCCCCAUAUACAGUGAGGUAAAAAAGUAUUUGAUCCCCUGCUGAUUUUGUACGUUUGCCCACUGACAAAGACAUGAUCAGUCUAUAAUUUUAAAUGGUAGGUUUAUUUGAACAGUGAGAGACAGAAUAACAACAAAAGAAUCCAGAAAAACUCAUGUCAAAAAUGUUAUAAAUUGAUUUGCAUUUUAAUGAGGGAAAUAAGUAUUUGACCCCUCUGCAAAACAUGACUUAGUACUUGGUGGAAAAACCCUUGUUGGCAAUCACAGGGGUCAGACGUUUCUUGUAGUUGGCCACCAGGUUUGCACACAUCUCAGGAGGGAUUUUGUCCGACUCCUCUUUGCAGAUCUUCUCCAAGUCAUUAAGGUUUCGAGGCUGACGUUUGGCAACUCGAACCUUCAGCUCCCUCCACAUAUUUUCUAUGGGAUUAAGGUCUGGAGACUGGCUAGGCCACUCCAGGACCUUAAUGUGCUUCUUCUUGAGCCACUCCUUUGUUGCCUUGGCCGUGUGUUUUGGGUCAUUGUCAUGCUGGAAUACCCAUCCACGACACGAUCCGUCCAUCGUUCCUUUGAUGCGGUGAAGUUGUCCUGUCCCCUUAGCAGAAAAACACCCCCAAAGCAUAAUGUUUCCACCUCCAUGUUUGACGGUGGGGAUGGUGUUUUUGGGGUCAUAGGCAGCAUUCCUCUUCCUCCAAACACGGCGAGUUGAGUUGAUGCCAAAGAGCUCGAUUUUGGUCUCAUCUGACCACAACACUUUCACCCAGUUCUCCUCUGAAUCAUUCAGAUGUUCAUUGGCAAACUUCAGACGGCCCUGUAUAUGUGCUUUCUUGAGCAGGGGGACCUUGCGGGCACUGCAGGAUUUCAGUCCUUCACGGCGUAGUGUGUUACCAAUUGUUUUCUUGGUGACUAUGGUCCCAGCUGCCUUGAGAUCAUUGACAAGAUCCUCCCGUGUAGUUCUGGGCUGAUUCCUCACCGUUCUCAUGAUCAUUGCAACUCCACGAGGUGAGAUCUUGCAUGGAGCCCCAGGCCGAGGGAGAUUGACAGUUAUUUUGUGUUUCUUCCAUUUGUGAAUAAUCGCACCAACUGUUGUCACCUUCUCACCAAGCUGCUUGGCGAUGGUCUUGUAGCCCAUUCCAGCCUUGUGUAGGUCUACAAUCUUGUCCCUAACAUCCUUGGAGAGCUCUUUGGUCUUGGCCAUGGUGGAGAGUUUGGAAUCUGAUUGAUUGAUUGCUUCUGUGGACAGGUGUCUUUUAUACAGGUAACAAGAUGAGAUUAGGAGCACUCCCUUUAAGAGUGUGCUUCUAAUCUCAGCUCGUUACCUGUAUAAAAGACACCUGGGAGCCAGAAAUCUUUCUGAUUGAGAGGGGGUCAAAUACUAAUUUCCCUCGUUAAAAUGCAAAUCAAUUUAUAACAUUUUUGACAUGCAUUUUUCUGGAUUUUUUUGUUGUUAUUCUGUUUCUCACUGUUCAAAUAAACCUACCAUUAAAAUUAUAGACUGAUAAUUUCUUUGUCAGUGGGCAAACGUACAAAAUCUGCAGGGGAUCAAAUACUUUUUUCCCCUCACUGUAUGUUUUUGUAAAAAAAUUAAUAUAUAUAUAUAUACAUACAUGCAUACAUACAUACCUUUGUAAAUUAUAUUUUCCUUUAUUAUUUUCCCCUAACCCUACCACCCCUCCCCUAAUUGGAGUGGCCUUUUAUUGUCCCCAGCACAAGGUGCACCUGUGUAAUGAUCAUGCUGUUUAAUCAGCUUCUUGAUACGCCACACCUGUCAGUUGGAUGGAUUAUCUUGCCAAAGGAGAAAUGUUUACUAAUGGAUGAAAACAGUUUUUUGUGCGUAUGGAACAUUUCGGGGAUCUGUUAUUUCAGCUCAUGAAACAUGGGAGCAACACUUUACAUGUUGCGUUUUAUAUUUUUGUUCAGUGUAUAUUUAUUUGCCGUAACUGCUUGAUUUGUUGUGCUCUCAAAUUGGUGUGGCAUAGUAGCAAUAACUGCAUUGUGUAGCUACAGCUAGAAUGGCAUUGUAUUUAGUCAUGACCUUGUAAGAGUCAUGCUUUGACUGUGUGCCUGUCCUCUCUCCUCAGCUAUGUGUUGACCCUGAUCACUGAUGGCAUGAGAAGUGUCCGAGCCUUCCACUUUGACAAGGCUGCUGCCAGCGUCCUCACCACAUGUGUAAGUAGGAUACAUUAGAUGUGUGUGGCACAAUGAGUUUACUGUGAGGACAGUGUGCUGACACAGGCCUCUGGCACCCCAGGGGAAAGUCUCAUGGACAGCUGCUGUUCCUGACGCAUUACAUCUCCACACACACACACUGAUAAUGUGCUGACCGCAGCCCUUGACAGUUUACUGCAUUAUGCGCAAACUCAUGUGGAGAGAGAGAGAGGGGGAAGAGAGAGAGAGAGAAAGAGCGCAUCAGAGAGAGAUAGUUGUUGGCAUAGAAGGGCUGGUUUACACACAAACGCACUCAGCUGUGAAUAGAGCAGUGCAGGGAUAUUCUCAGUCUGCUGCCAGCAGUUGGCCAAGAGAGAACUGGUCAUGGAGGAGCUGUGGAAGCAUAGAGGUUCCCCACCUCUCACCCCUGUCUCUUACCCACCUCUCACCCCUGUCUCUUCUCAUCUCACCCCUGUCUCUUACCCACCUCUCACCCCUGUCUCUUCUCAUCUCACCUCUGUCUUUUACCCACCUCUCACCCCUGUCUCUUCUCAUCUCACCCCUGUCUCUUCUCAUCUCACCCCUGUCUCUUACCCACCUCUCACCCCUGUCUCUUCUCAUCUCACCUCUGUCUUUUACCCACCUCUCACCCCUGUCUCUUCUCAUCUCACCCCUGUCUCUUACCCACCUCUCACCCCCUGUCUCUUCUCCUGCUCUCACCCCCUGUCUCUUCUCCUCAUCUUCCCCCUGUCUCUUCUCCUCCUUUACCCCCUGUCUCUUCUCCUCCUCUAACUCUGUCCCUCGUCCCCCCAGAUGAUGACCAUGGAGCCUGGGUAUCUGUUCCUGGGGUCCCGGCUGGGAAACAGCCUCUUGCUAAAAUACACAGAGAAGUACCAGGAGAAACCAGAGAAGCCACCAGUGGAGGAGGACAAAGAGAAGGAAGAGGAGACCGAUGAGGAGAAGCAGGUGAGUUGGUUUGGAUUUUAGUUCAUAUGUAGAUAUUCUCCUCAGUCUGGUCCCUGUGGCAUAUUGCUGUGAGUGAUUGUCAAAAAUGUAAAGAUUCCAUAGAUGUAUAGAUUCUAGUCAAGGCAUAGUUGAUCAAAUUGAGCUUCAAAAUGUAGCAAGUUGUAAAUGGGUGUUUGUUGCCAAAAGAGGAUGAUUUAAUUUUGUGGUUUAAAAAACAAGUAGCAGUCGUUGCCAAUGAAUAGCUUCUGUGCUUGUUUUCCACUUAUAAAGAGAUUUGUAGCACUUCAACUGCUGUUGUGACUGGUCUUUGACUAGCAGGUGUGGAAAUAUGACACUUAAUAUGUGAUGUCGCAUAUUAUAGUUCACCCCUGAAAAAAUAAGAUGUUUUAUCGUAAAAUACACUGGAUAGGUGCAGGGAAAUGUGUUGUUUUACAGGGUCAGCCAUAGUAGUACGGCGCCACUGGAGCAAAUUAGGGUUAAGUGCCUUGCUCAAGGGCACAUCGACAUAUGUUUAACCUUGUCUGCUCGGGUGUUCGAACCAGUGUCCUUUCAAUUGCUGGCCAAAACGCUCUAACCGCUAGGCUACCUACUGGCCCAUUGUCCAUUUUGUAAAUAAAUAUGCAAAAUGAAUUGCUGAUACACAUUCCUAUGUAUGUAUUCUGAUAUAAAUUGCAUAAUUAACUUAAACUUGAUAAUAAUUCCAGGAGGAACCUCCCAGUAAAAAGAAGAGAAAUGAUUCCUCUACCAACUUGACAGGUAUUUGGACAGUUGGUGUUUUACAAUAUCUUGGUUGUGUCUUGCAUAUUACCCUUCUUUACAUACACUACCGUUCAAAAGUUUGCGGUCACUUAGAAAUGUCCUUGUUUUCCAUGAAAACAUACAUGAAAUGAGUUUGAAUAGGAAAUAUAGCCAAAUGCAUGGGAAAUGUAGUCAUUGACAAGGUUAGAAAUAAUUAUUUUUAAUAGAAAUAAUAAUUGUGUCCUUCAAACUUUGCUUUCUUCAAAGAAUCCUCCAUUUGCAGCAAUUACAGCCUUGCAGACCUUUGGCAUUCUAGUUGUCAAUUUGUUGAGGUAAUCUGAAGAGAUUUCAUUCCAUGCUUCCUGAAGCACCUCCCACAAGUUGGAUUGGCUUGAUGGGCACUUCUUACGUACCAUACAGUCAAGCUGCUCCCACAACAGCUCAAUAGGGUUGAGAUCCGGUGACUGUGCUGGCCAGUCCAUUAUAGACAGAAUACCAGCUGACUGCUUCUUCCCUAAAUAGUUAUUGCAUAGUUUGGAGCUGUGCUUUGGGUCAUUGUGCUGUUGUAGGAGGAAAUUGGCUCCAAUCAAGCGCUGUCCACAGGGUAUGGCAUGGCAUGCAAAAUGGAGUGAUCGCCGUCCUUCUUCAAGAUCCCUUUUACCCUGUACAAAUCUCCCACUUUACCGCCACCAAAGCACCCCAGACCAUCACAUUGCCUCCACCAUGCUUGACAGAUGGCAUCAAGCACUCCUCCAGCAUCUUUUCAUUUGGCCUGCGUCUCACAAAUGUUCUUCUUUGUGAUCCGAACACCUCAAACUUAGAUUCGUCUGUCCAAAACACUUUUUUCCAAUCUUCCUCUGUCCAGUGUCUGUGUUCUUUUGCCCAUCUCUUAUUUUUAUUGGCCAGUCUGAGAUAUGGCUUUUUCUUUGCAACUCUACCUAGAAGGUCAGCAUCCCAGAGUCGCCUCUUCACUGUUGACGUUGAGACUGGUGUUUUGCGGGUACUAUUGAAUGAAGCUGCCAGUUGAAGACCUUCGAGGCGUCUGUUUCUCAAACUAGACACUCUAAUGUAUUUGUCCUCUUGCUCAGUUGUGCACCGGGGCCUCCCACUCCUCUUUCUAUUCUGGUUAGAGACAGUUUGCGCUGUGAAGGGAGUAGUACAUCGCGUUGUACGAGAUCUUCAGUUUCUUGGCAAUUUCUCGCAUGGAAUAGCCUUCAUUUCUCAGAACAAGAAUUGACUGACGAGUUUCAGAAGAAAUGUCUUUGUUUCUGGCCAUUUUUAUUCUGUAAUCGAACCCACAAUUGCUGAAGCUCCAGAUACUCAACUAGUCUCAAGAAGGCCAGUUUUAUUUCUUCUUUAAUCAGCACAACAGUUUUCAGCUGUGCUAACAUAAUUGCAAAAGGGUUUUCUAAUGAUCAAUUAGCCUUUUUAAAAUGAUAAACUUUAGCAAACACAAUGUGCCAUUGGAACACAGGACUGAUGGUUGCUGAUAAUGGGCCUGUGUACACCUACAGCUUCCAUUAAAAAUCAGCUGUUUCCAGCUACAAUAGCCAUUUACAACAUUAACAAUGUCUACACUGUAUUUCUGAUCAAUUUGAUGUUAUUUUAAUGGACAAAAAAAUUGCUUUUCUUUCGAAAACAAGGACAUUUCUAAGUGACCCCAAACGUUUGAACGGUAGUGUAUGUAUGGAACUAACUGAGGUGAUAAGGUCACCUAUAAUUAUGUUUUUAUAUUUAUAAAUAAUGUGUUACCUCCCAUGUCUUCUAUCCAGCUGGUAAGAACCAACUGCCUGAUGAGGUGGAUGAAAUUGAGGUGUACGGGAGCGAAGUGGCAUCUGGCACUCAAUUGGCCACCUACUCCUUUGAGGUAGGACCCCUUGUUAUCCCAGUAGAAGCUUUAUCCGUUCAUUAUUUAUAUUCUAGUCUUGGUUAUUGCAGACUUUAAAAUAUGUAUUUUCUAUAAUUGGCUCCAGGUAUGUGACAGCAUAUUGAACAUCGGACCUUGUGCUGGUGCAUCCAUGGGGGAGCCGGCCUUCCUCUCUGAAGAGGUACUUAUUUAUUUUAUUUUUCUACCCCCCUUUUCUCCCCAAUUUUGAUCUUGUCUCAUCGCUGCAACUCCCCAACGGUCUCGGGAGGCGAAGGUCGAGUCGUGCGUCCUCCGAAACAUGACCUGCCAAACCGUACUCAACACCUGCCUGCUUAACCCGGAAGUCAGCCGCACCAAUGUGUCGGAGGAAACACUGUUCACCUGAUGACCGAGGUCAGCCUGCAGGCGUCCGGCCUGCCACAAGGAGUCACUAGAGCGCGAUGAGCCAAGUAAAUUCCCACCGGCCAAACCCUCCCUUAACCCCGACGACGCUGGUCCAAUUGUGCGUCGCCCUAUGGGACUCCCGAUCACGGCCGGUUGUGAUACGGCCCAGGAUCGAACCCGGGUCUGUAGUGACUCCUCUAGCACUGCAUUAGACCGCUGCGCCACUCGGGAGGCCCGGUACUUUUAACUUUAAUUCGCAAAAGAGGUUUCUAACCUCAAGGGUCUUUCCAGUCAUGAUGUCCAUCAUGGUUGUUGUAUUUGGUAAAGCACUGAUUAAUAUCUAAUACCUCUACCAAUAUAUUUUCUCAAGCCCUUGCUAACAGUAAGACACACUAAGCCCUGUGUCUGGUGUUUCUGUGUCCACAGUUCCAGACCAACCCAGAGCCUGACCUGGAGAUAGUGGUGUGUUCUGGCUUUGGGAAAAACGGGGGUCUGUCCGUGCUUCAGGUAAAUACUCUACUCAUCCUGUCUCAGUAUUUCUGUGCAAGUGCAUACAUGUGGCUGCACUGUUCUAAGACCUGUGGUGGCGAGGCCCAUCUACCUCAUGUUCAGUGACGGUGCUACAGAGAACAACCACUCUGGGUUUACCAGGGCUGCUGCCUCAGAGAUCAGUGGAGCAGCUUAUAAACCACCCAGACACAUUUAUACAUGCAUUCAAGGAAAGAGCAUUGUGAAGACCAUUGACUUACUGCACAGAUUGUGAUUGUUCAUGGCAACACAGUGCAUUAGAAUGAUGUAGCUGCUGGAAAACAAUGUGAAGAGCUGAUAUUUUCAGAGUCAGCUUUGAGAGUUGAUGAUUCAGUUACUGUUUUGUGUGGCCCCUUCCCCUCCCAGAGGAGCAUCCAUCCCCAGGUGGUCACUUACUCAUAGGGACAUUGUUCUGUUAUUGAUCAUUGGUGAUUGUUUUGUCCUGGCCCCUCCCAGAGAAGCAUCCGACCCCAGGUGGUCACCACCUUUGAGCUGCCAGGUUGCCAUGACAUGUGGACUGUCAUCUCCAAUGAGGUGAAGGAGAUGAAGGAGAAAGAAAAGAAGAAGGACAAGCCUCCUGCAGCGGAGGGGGAGGGUGAGACCCCUGAGGAAGAGGAGGCGGAGGAGAAGACUGAGCCUGCGCCAGUGGAGGGCGACAAGAAAAAACAUGGCUUCCUGAUUCUCAGUAGAGAGGACUCCACCAUGGUACACCCACACCUCCCACCACAUCUCUACACAGUACAGUACACACGCCGCUCUACACAGCAGUCUGAAAGGGAGCUUUAUUUCCUCUCUUACAGUGCUCCAGCAUGUUUAGAUUGAGCCUGUAAUGUUGAUUAAGGGGAUUGAUUGAGGUCUAUUGGAAGUUAACUGGAACCCCUCCUGUGUGGUUCUCUAGAUCCUGCAGACUGGUCAGGAGAUCAUGGAGCUGGACACCAGUGGUUUCGCCACGCAGGGACCCACUGUGUUCGCUGGGAACAUCGGAGACAACAAAUACAUCAUCCAGGUCUCCCCCAUGGGUAUACGGCUAUUGGAAGGAGGUAGAGAGAUCUGUCCAUCUUUCAAUAAAAUAAGAAAAUAAUCCAUAAUACUGUGUCCCUACCUCUCACUCAUACUCUUUCACUGACUGUAAAGCACUUUGUGACGACUGUUGCUGUAAAAAGGGUUUUAGAAAUGCAUUUGAUUGAUUGAUGUUCCUUCCAGUGACCCAGCUGCACUUCAUCCCGGUGGACUUGGGUUCUCCCAUAGUGCAGUGCUCCGUAGCAGACCCCUAUGUGGUCAUCAUGACGGCAGACGGAGUGGUCACCAUGUUCAUCCUGAAGACCGACUCCUACAUGGGCAAGACCCACCGCCUGGCCCUGCAGAAACCACAGAUGGCUGCUGUGAGUCACGGUCAUGUCCUGUACUGUACAACUAAGCCAGACAGUAUUACAUCACAACCCGAUGGAUGAGUGAAAAAAUACGAUUCUCAGACCAGUGACUCUCUCUCUCUCUCUCUCCCCGUACAGCAACCCCGUGUGAUUACGCUGUGUACGUUCCGUGACGUCAGCGGGAUGUUCACCACAGAGAACAAGCAGACCUGUCACACCAAGGAUCAAGACACCAUGUUCAAGAGCCAAUCAGAGUCUGAAACCAUCAUACAGGACCUCAGGUAGGAUGUUUUUGAAUAAAGUAUGUAGUUUUGAACUGAAGAAUGAGCGCUACUCCAAAUCUCCCCAUGGACACUUUAUUUUUGGGGGCUGCACCUCGUUUCUUAGACAGUGGAAGCACUGUCUCAGCUCAGAGUUUAUUAGUAAAGCUCUCUCUUCCAUGUCUCCUCUUUAGUAACACAGUGGAUGAUGAGGAGGAGAUGUUAUAUGGAGACUGUAACCCAGCAGGCAUCACCCCCACCAAGGACGAGUCCCACCCCGGCUACCGCACCCCCUCCUCUGGGGCCCUGGGUGGGGCGUCCGAGGGGAGGUCGGGACGAGCUGAACCCACACACUGGUGCAUGAUGGUCCGCGAGAACGGUGUCAUGGAGGUAAGGAUCAAUGUCUCUAUUUUAUCAGCAUAAUAUUAGUAAUAGCUGUAUCAAUACACUUUUUGUAUUGUAUCAUAAUCAGUUAGUUUACAUAAUUUACACAGCUGUUACAAUUCUAAUACUGUUUAAUGCCAUUAUUUAUACUAUGGUGCUAUUUAGAGGUUGGAUAAAAGCCUGGGAACUUUAGGCUUAUGCUCAGAAAUUCACAAGAACUCAGUGGUCAUAACAAUGAGUGACACCACAACCGACAGGUGAACAUUUUCUGCAGGAUAGAGCUAUAGUAAAGCAACUUCCUCCUGUUCUCUAGAUCUACCAGCUACCUGACUGGAGACUGGUGUUCCUGGUCAAAAACUUCCCUGUUGGCCAGAGAGUGUUGGUUGACAGCUCCGCCGGCCAAUCAGCAGCCCAGGGGGAGGGGAAAAAGGAGGAAGUGACACGACAGGGAGAGAUCCCAUUGGUCAAAGAGGUGGCCCUGGUGUCACUCGGCAACAACCACUGCAGACCCUACCUCCUGGUGAGUUUUCAGUACAGGUAUUAAAGUAGAAUGACUGAACACCAGAAUAUGUAGCAGUAGCAGUGGUACUCAAUUUGGGAAAUUGCUUUAGAUACAGUUGAAGUCAGAAGUUUACAUACACUUAGGUUGGAGUCAUUAAAACUUGUUUUUCAACCACUCCAUUUCUUCUUAACAAACUAUAGUUUUGGCAAGUCGGUUAGGACAUCUACUUUGUGCAUGACACAAGUAAUUUUUCCAACAAUUGUUUACAGGCAGAUUAUUUCACUUAUAAUUCACUGUAUCACAAUUCCAGUGGGUCAGAAGUUUACAUACACUAAGUUGACUGUGCCUUUAAACAGCUUGGAAAAUUCCAGAAAAUGAUGUCAUGGCUUUAGAAGCUUCUGAUAGGCUAAUUGAUAUCAUUUGAGUCAAUUGUAGGUGUACCUGUUGAUGCAUUUCAAGGCCUACCUUCAAACUCAGUGCCUCUUUGCUUGACAUCAUGUGAAAAUCAAAAGAAAUCAGCCAAGACCUCAGAAAAAUAAUUGUAGACCUCCACAAGUGGUUCAUCCUUGGGAGCAAUUUCCGAAUGCCUGAAGGUACCACGUUCAUCUGCACAAACAAUAGUACGCAAGUAUAAACACCAUGGGACCACGCAGCCGUCAUGCCGCUCAGGAAGGAGACGCGUUCUGUCUCCUAGAGAUGAAUGUACUUUGGUACGGAAAGUGCACAUCAAUCCCAGAACAACAGCAAAGGACCUUGUGAAGAUGCUGGAGGAAACGGGUACAAAAGUAUCUAUAUCCACAGUAAAACAAGUCCUAUAUCGACAUAACCUGAAAGGCCGCUCAGCAAGGAAGAAGCCACUGCUCCAAAACCGCCAUAAAAAAAGCAGACUACAGUUUGCAACUGCACAUGGGGACAAAGAUCGUACUUUUUGGAGAAAUGUCCUCUGGUCUGAUGAAACAAAAAUAGAACUGUUUGGCCAUAAUGACCAUCGUUAUGUUUGGAGGAAAAAGGGGGUGGCUUGCAAGCCGAAGAACACCAUCCCAAACGUGAAGCACGGGGGUGGCAGCAUCAUGCUGUGGGGGUGCUUCGCUGCAGGAGGGACUGGUGCACUUCAUAAAAUAGAUGGCAUCAUGAGGAAGGAAAAUGUUGUGGAUAUAUUGAGGCAACAUCUCAAGACAUCAGUCAGGAAGUUAAAGCUUGGUCACAAAUGGGUUUUCCAAAUGGACAAUGACCCCAAGCAUACUUCCAAAGUUGUGGCAAAAUGGCUUAAGGACAACAGUCAAGGUAUUGGAGUGGCCAUCACAAAGCCCUGACCUCAAUCCUACAGAAAAUUUGUGGGCAGAACUGAAAAAGCGUGUGCGAGCAAGGAGGCCUACAAACCUGACUCAGUUACACCAGCUCUGUCAGGAGGAAUGGGCCAAUAAUUCACCCAACUUAUUGUGGGAAGCUUGUGGAAGGCUACCCGAAACGUUUGACCCAAGUUAAACAAUUUAAAUGCAAUGCUACCAAAUACUAAUUGAGUGUAUGUAUACUUCUGACCCACUGGGAAUGUGACGAAAUAAAUAAAAGCCUAAAUAAAUCAUUCUCUCUACUAUUAUUUGGACAUUUCACAUUCUUAAAAUAAAGUGGUGAUCCUAACUGACCUAAGACAGGGAAGUUUUACUAGGAUUAAAUGUCAGGAAUUGUUGAAAACUGAGUUUAAAUGUAUUUGGCUAAGGUGUAUGUAAACUUCCGACUUCAACUGUAUAUCUGAGGUUGUAUGUUCUGUUUCUUUCUCAGGUCCAUGUUGAACAGGAGCUUCUGAUCUAUGAAGCGUUCCCGUAUGACCAGCAGCAGGCUCAGAGCAACCUGAAGGUCCGCUUCAAGAAGGUAAGAAGAGCAAGUCCGUUGGACAAGCAAAGUCUAGUCAACAACUUUUUGGGACUAGGCUUAAUCUGUGUCUAGGAAACCAGUCUUAAAACGUCCAUUCAACACUGAUCAUUUAUGUCUUCCAACUGUUCUCCUGUGUUGUCUCAGAUGCCCCACAACAUCAACUUCCGGGAGAAGAAGUCGAAGGUGAAGAAAGAUAAGAAGGCUGAGGGUCAGGGUGGUCCCAGCGAAGAGGGGCCAGCGGUGGUCAAAGGUCGUGUGGCCAGGUUCAGAUACUUUGAGGACAUCUCCGGUUACUCUGGGGUAAGAGGUUCUCUUCCUACAAGACUAUAUCUACAUCAUGGGUAACGAGGGGUACACAUUUGGAUACUCAGGUUCCUUGCAAGAUACAUCUUGAAGGAGAGGUACUGCUGUCCACACAGACUUUAUAUACAGUGCAUUCGGAAAGUAUUCAGACCCCUUUUUGUUACGUUACAGCCUUAUUCUAAAAUAUUUUUUUAUUUUUUUACUCAGCAAUCUACACACAAUACCCCAUAAUGGCAAAGCAAAUUCAUACACAAAAAAAAACAUAUACCUUAUUUACAUUAGGAUUCAGACCCUUUGCUAUGAGUUUCGAAAUUGAGCUCAGGUGCAUCCUGUUUCCAUUGAUUAUCCUUGAGCUGUUUCUACAACUUGAUUGUAGUCCACCUGUGGUAAAUUCAAUUGAUGGGACAUGAUUUGGAAAGGCGCACACCUGUCUAUAUAAGGUCCCACAGUUGACAGUGCAUGUCAGAGCAAAAACCAAGCCAUGAAGUCAAAGGAAUUGUCCGUAGAGCUCCGAGACACAGAUCUGGGGAAGGGUACCAAAACAUUUCUGCAGCGUUGAAGAUCCCCAAGAACACAGUGGCCUCCAUCAUUCUUAAAUGGAAGAAGUUUGGAACCACCAAGACUCUUCCUAGAACUGGCCGCCCGGCCAAACUGAGCAAUCGGGGGAGAAGGGCCUUGGUCAGGGUGGUGACCAAGAACCCGAUGGUCACUCUGACAGAGCUCUAGAGUUCCUCUGUGGAGAUGGGAGAACCUUCCAGAAGGACAACCAUCUCUGCAGCACUCCACCAAUCAAGGCCUUUAUGGUAGAGUGGCUAGAUGGAAGCCACUCCUCAGUAAAAGGCACAUGACUGCCCACUUGGAGUUUGCCAAAAGGCCCCCAUAGACUCUCAGACCAUGAGAAACAAGAUUCUCUGGUCUGAUGAAACCAAGAUCAAACUCUUUGGCCUGAAUGCCAAGCGUCACGUCUGGAGGAAACCUGGCACCAUCCCUACGGUGAAGCAUGGUGGUGGCAGCAUCAUGCUGUGGGGAUGUUUUUCAGCGGUAGGGACUGGGAGACUAAUCAGGAUCGAGGCAAAGAUGAACAGAGCAAAAUACAGAGAGAUCCUUGAUGAAAACCUGCUCCAGAUCGCUCAGGUCCUCAGACUGGGGCGAAGGUUCAUCUUCCAACUGGACAACGACCCUAAGCACACAGCCAAGACAACGCAGGCGUGGCUUCGGGACAAGUCUCUGAAUGUCCUUGAGUAGCCCAGCUAGAGCCCGGACUUGAACCCGAUCGAACAUCUCUGGAGAGACCUGAAAAUAGCUGUGCAGCGACGCUCCCCAUCCAACCUGACAGAGUGUUAUGAACCCCGUGGCUUUAAAAGUCUAGGGUGGAUGGAAAAGAGACCCGUAACAUAACUCAUGCGAAUUAGAAUAUUGACAAGGAACAGUGAGAAUAAAAUACACCGACAACCAUGUGCUACCGUCAAACACAAAAUGUUUAUUAUAAACACACGGUAAACGGUUUGGGGAAAAGGGGCUGAGCUGGACCCAAGGAAUGAAACAAAGUCAAAAACCCCUAAACUGAUCUUGCCUGCCUCAAGAACCGCUAAGCUUACUGCUAACCAUACAAAAAUACAGUGGAUGGUCCGCUCAGGUCUAACUAGUGUGUUUAGACAAGGUUUUCCUACGGGUAAUGUAUGCCCAAGGGCGACUUGCUAAACCCCCCCUUUUCCCAGGCACAAACAAACAACAUAGGUCCAAUAUGGACUAACCAACAAACGAGUGAGUACACAAAAACAAGACACCACAGUAUACAUACUCAAAGAAAAAAAGAGUAUUGUCAGAAAACACAACUGACUGGCUUUUAAAACCAGGGGAUGUGUGAUAUGGUAAUGAAAACCAGAAACAGGUGGUGCAAUACGGAGGUGUGUCCACUGAUUGGUCCACCUCAGCAAUCAGCAGACGAACGGAUGUCGGACAGGUGGGACACACCAACGACCACCAAUCAGGGAAAACAAGGAACACCUGUGAUUAGGGCAGAAGGAGAGGGAAAAACAAAUACAUACAGGAUACCUGUAUCCGUAACACAGAGCUUGAGAGGAUCUGCAGAGAAGAAUGGGAGAAACUCCCCAAAUACAGGUGUGCCAAGCUUGUAGUGUCAUACCCAAGAAGACUCAAUGCUGUAAUCGCUGCCAAAGGUGCUUCAACAAAGUACUGAGUAAAAGGUCUAUGUAAUAUUUCAGUUUUUUAUAAAUUAGCAGACAUUUCUUGCUUUGUCAUUAUGGGUGUAGAUUGAGGGGUAAAAAAAAACAUUUGAAUCAAUUUUAGAAUAAGGCUGUAAUGUAACAAAGUGUGGAAAAAGUCAAGGGGUCUGAAUACUUUCCGAAGUCACUAUCUAUAGUAUAGUUCUGUGGGUUCUCAUUUUUUCUUGUUUGUGUCAGGUGUUCAUCUGUGGCCCCUCCCCUCACUGGAUGCUGGUGACAUCACGGGGCGCGAUGAGGCUCCACCCCAUGACGAUCGACGGACCAAUCGAGUCCUUCUCCCCCUUCCACAACAUCAACUGUCCCAAAGGCUUCCUCUACUUCAACAAGCAGGGCGAGCUGAGGAUCAGUGUUCUACCCACAUACCUGUCGUAUGACGCCCCCUGGCCAGUCAGGAAGAUUCCGCUGAGAUGCACUGUUCACUAUGUGUCCUACCAUGUAGAGUCCAAGGUGUAUGCAGUGUGCACCAGUGUGAAGGACCCCUGCACUCGCAUUCCCAGAAUGACCGGAGAGGAGAAGGAGUUUGAGACCAUAGACAGAGGUGGGACUAGUAUAUGCAUUAGUCUGUCUCCAUGACGUGCAUUUCACUUUCUCAUUGGUUUAUAUCUUUGUUCCUUCCUUCCUUCCUUCAUUCUUCCACCAUAAAAAUUCCUUUGUGUUGUGUUCUCCUCAGAUGAGCGCUACAUUCCGCCUCAGCAGGAGAAUUUCUCCAUUCAGCUCAUAUCUCCUGUCAGCUGGGAGGCCAUCCCUAACACACGGUAACAACUCUAGCUACUGCAGCUCACUGGAGCAUAGCCUCUAACAUGAGGCAUGUUCAUUAUAGAUAUGAUACGUAUUUACAAAUAUGGAUAUCUUUAUAUUUAAGCAUCUAGGGCGUAGUAGUGGGUGUCUGUUCUGACCUCCCUCCCUCUCUGAUAUUGGUCAGAAUUGACCUGGAGGAGUGGGAGCAUGUGACGUGUAUGAAGACGGUGGCGUUGAGGAGUCAGGAGACGGUGUCUGGGCUGAAGGGAUACAUAGCUGCUGGUACUUGUCUCAUGCAGGGAGAAGAGGUCACCUGUAGGGGCCGGGUGAGUCACCAAAACUACUCUGACUGCUGACUAGAGCCAGGAAUACCUUUGGGCCCGGGUUAUAUGCUGUAAGUUAUAGUCUAAAGUAGGGUCCAGAGUUGAUCCUAGUCAGGUCAGGAAACUUGGGACCUAUUACGGAGUCCGACAGAUAGAUGAUGCCAUUUGAAAUCAUGAUGUUGAUUUAGUGUGGACGGACUUCUCUACUAUUGUGUCCAGAUCCUGAUCCUGGAUGUGAUUGAGGUGGUCCCGGAACCCGGUCAGCCCCUGACGAAAAACAAAUUCAAGGUUCUGUAUGAGAAAGAGCAGAAGGGACCGGUCACAGCUCUGUGUCACUGCAGCGGAUACCUAGUCUCUGCCAUCGGACAGAAGGUGACAGACCCACCUCUGACUAUACCACUAUAGAUGUCCCAAUCUAUAUGUAUUUCCCACCCACCUCUCAAUAUAGUUCUGUUCCGAUUUACAUUGUUUUCAUUGUGUGGCCAACAUGUUGCAGUUGAAUGUAUUUUUGAUGGUAUUGAAUUAGCCAUUAUUAUCAGAACUGUUCAGAAAGCCCUUUUAAGGAGCACAAGAACGGUACUUCAACCAUCUCUCCUGUAACCCUGAGACGACAAAGUCCUGGUUGUGAUCAAUGUAUCUGUCUAUUCAUCUCUCUGUCUAGAUCUUUCUGUGGAGUCUGAAGGACAACGACCUGACAGGCAUGGCCUUCAUCGACACCCAGCUUUACAUCCACCAGAUGUUUAGCAUCAAGAACUUUAUCCUGGCGGCUGACGUCAUGAAGAGCAUCUCUCUGCUCAGAUACCAGCCUGAGAGUAAGACGCUGUCGCUAAUUAGCAGGGUAAGACAGCAAGGUUACAGGACUACCUUAGUAGUAACACAGGGGAGAUGUCAAACCAGAAACUUCAAAGGAUUGUGUUUAAGUGGCACGUGAUUUAGCAUCUUCUGACUCUCUGAUUAUCAUUCUCUGAGGGUUUUUGUUCCAUGUUAGUUUGUUGUUUAUGGAUUUAAUCGUACAUCCCAGAUGAGGGUUUCUGUUCGUGGAUGAAAGAAAGCACUGUCUUUGUUCUUUCCUGUGUUCCCAUGUGCAGUCCCAGGGUUUGUUGUGUGUUGAGUUUAUCUUCUAGAGCAGUGCUGGAGGGGAUGAUUAAAUGGUCGGGGUCGUUCAUGUUCGUUCUUCAUGCCAGUGUUUGAGUGUUAUGGGAGUCUUAAUGCAGGGUUCCUCAAUAGGUGGAAGUUUUCUGAGCCCCAAAAAAUGUAGAUAUAAAAAUGUGUAUAUAUACACUACAUGACCAAAAGUAUGUGGACACCUGCUUGUCGAACAUCUCAUUCCAAAAUCAUUAACAUUAAUAUGGAGUUGGUCCCCCCUUUGCUGCUAUAACAGCCUCCACUCUUCUGGGAAGGCUUUCCACUAGAUGUUGGAACAUUGCUGCGGGGACUUGCUUCCAUUCAGCCACGAGCAUUAGUGAGGUCAGGUACUGAUGUAGGGCGAUUAGGCCUGACUCGCAGUCAGCGUUCCAAUUCAUCCCAAAGGUGUUUGAUGGGGUUAAGGCCAGUCAAGUUCUUCCACACCGAUCUCAACAAACCAUUUCUGUAUGGACCUCGCUUUGUGCAUGGGGGCAUUGUCAUGCUGAAACAGGAAAGGGCCUUCCCCCAAACUGUUGCCACAAAGUUGGAAACACAGAAUUGUCUAGAAUGUCAUUGUAUGCUGUAGCGUUAAGAUUUCCCUUCACUGGAACUAAGGAGCCUAGCCCGAACCAUGAAAAACAGCCCCAGACCAGUAUUCCUCCUCCACCAAACUUUACAGUUGGCACUAUGCAUUGGGGCAGGUAGCAUUCUCCUGGCAUCCGCCAAACCGAGAUUCGUCCGUCGGACUGCCAGAUGGUGAAGUAUGAUUCAUCACUCCAGAGAACACGUUUUCACUGCUCCAGAGUCCAAUGGCGGCAAGCUUUACACCACUCCAGCCGACGCUUGGCAUUGCGUAUUGUGAUCUUAGGCUUGUGUGCUGCUGCUGGCCAUGGAAACCCAUUUCAUGAAGCUCCCGACGAACAGUUAUUGUGCUUCCAGAGGCAGUUUGGAACUCGGUAGUGAGUGUUGCAACCGAGGACAGAAGAUUUUUACGCGCUUCAGCACUCGGCAGCCCCGUUCUGUGAGCUUGUGUGGCCUACCACUUCGCGGCUGAGGCGUUGUUGCUCCUAGACGUUUCCACUUCACAAUAACAGCACUGACAGUUGACCGGGGCAGGUCUAGCAGGGCAGAAAUUUGACGAACUGACUUGUUGGAAAGGUGUCAUCCUAUAACGGUGCCACGUUGAAAGUCACUGAGCUCUUCAGUAAGGUCAUUCUACUGCCAAUGUUUGUCUUUGGAGAUUGCAUGGCUGUGUGCUCCAUUUGAUACAGCUGUCAGCAACAGCUGUGGAUGAAAUAGCCGAAUCCACUAAUUUGAAAGGGUGUCCACAUUCUUUUGUGUAUAUAUAGUGUAUGUAUGUAUGUCGCUCUGGAUAAGAGCAUCUGCUAAAUGACGUAAAUGUGUGUGUGUAUGUAUGUGUGUGUGUGUAUACAGUGAGGGGAAGAAAGUAUUUGAUCCCCUGCAGAUUUUGUACGUUUGCCCACUGACAAAGACAUGAUCAGUCUAUAAUUUUAAUGAUUUAUUUUAUUAGUUUAUUUGAACAGUGAGAGACAGAAUAACAACAAAAAAAUCCAGAAAAACGCAUGUCAAAAAUGUUAUAAAUUGAUUUGCAUUUUAAUGAGGGAAAUAAGUAUUUGACCCCUCUGCAAAACAUGACAUAGUACUUGGUGGCAAAACCUUUGUUGGCAAUCAGAGGUCAGACGUUUAUUGUAGUUGGCCACAUCUCAGGAGGGAUUUUGUCCCACUCUUUGCAGAUCUUCUCCAAGUCAUUAAGGUUUCGAGGCUGACGUUUGGCAACUCGAACCUUCAGCUCCCUCCACAGAUUUUCUAUGGGAUUAAGGUCUGGAGACUGGCUAGGCCACUGCAGGACCUUAAUGUGCUUCUUCUUGAGCCACUCCUUUGUUGCCUUGGCCGUGUUUUUUGGGUCAUUGUAAUGCUGGAAUACCCAUCCACGACCCAUUUUCAAUGCCCUGGCUGAGGGAAGGAGGUUCUCACCCAAUAUUUGACGGUACAUGGCCCCGUCCAUCGUCCCUUUGAUGCGGUGAAGUUGUCCUGUCCCCUUAGCAGAAAAACACCCCCAAAGCAUAAUGUUUCCACCUCCAUGUUUGACGGUGGGGAUGGUGUUCUUGGGGUCAUAGGCAGCAUUCCUCCUCCAAACACGGCGAGUUGAGUUGAUGCCAAAGAGCUCGAUUUUGGUCUCAUCUGACCACAACACUUUCACCCAGUUCUCCUCUGAAUCAUUCAGAUGUUCAUUGGCAAACUUCAGACGGGCCUGUAUAUGUGCUUUCUUGAGCAGGGGGACCUUGCGGGCGCUGCAGGAUUUGUGUUACCAAUUGUUUUCUUGGUGACUAUGGUCCCAGCUGCCUUGAGAUCAUUGAAAAGAUCCUCCUGUGUAGUUCUGGGCUGAUUCCUCACCGUUCUCAUGAUCAUUGCAACUCCACAAGGUGAGAUCUUGCAUGGAGCCCCGGGCCGAGGGAGAUUGACAGUUAUUUUGUGUUUCUUCCAUCUGUCUCUCACUGUUCAAAUAAACCUACCAUUAAAAUUAUAGACUGAUCAUUUCUUUGUCAGUGGGAAAACCAGCAGGGGAUCAAAUACUUUUUUCCCUCACUGUAUAUACACUACCAUUCAAAAGUUUGGGGUCACUUAGAAAGGAAAGCAAUUUUUUUGUCCAUUAAAAUAACAUCAAAUUGAUCAGAAAUACAGUGUAGACAUUGUUAAUGUUGUAAAUGGCUAUUGUAGCUGGAAACAGACAAUAUUUCUUUUUUUAAUGGAAUAUCUACAUAGGCGUACAGAGGCCCAUUAUCAGCAACCAUCAGUCCUGUGUUCCAAUGGCACGUUGUGUUUGCUAAUUCAAGUUUAUCGUUUUAAAAGGCUAAUUGAUCAUUAGAAAACCCUUUUGCAAUUAUGUUAGCACAGCUGAAAACUGUUGUGCUGAUUUAAAGAAGCAAUAAAACUGGCCUUCUUGAGACUAGUUGAGUAUCUGGAGCAUCAGCAAUUGUGGGUUCUAUUACAGGAUCAAAAUGGCCAGAAACAAAUAACUUUCUUCUGAAACUCUUCAGUCUAUUCUUGUUCUGAGAAAUUAAGGCUAUUCUAUGCGAGAAAUUGCCAAGAAACUGAAGAUCUCGUACAACGCUGUGUACUACUCCCUUCACAGAACAGUGCAAACUGGCUCUAACCAGAAUAGAAAGAGGAGUGGGAGGCCCCGGUUCACAACUGAGCAAGAGGACAAAUACAUUAGUGUCUAGUUUGAGAAGCAGACGCCUCACAGCUCCUCAACUGGCAGCUUCAUUAAAUAGUACCCGCAAAACACCAGUCUCAACGUCAACCGUGAAGAGGCGACUCCGGGAUGCUGACCUAGGCAGAGUUGCAAAGAAAAAGUCCAGUGUCGGUGUUCUUUUGCCCAUCUUAAUCUUUUUAUUUUUUAUACUAUAUCUGUUUUGGAUUCUUGUGGUCAAUUUGCAGUGUACAAAUGAUUUAUAACUACUGUAUGUUCCUGCCCCGACCAUCUGCUCAAGGAAAAAUCAGCCCACGGCUGAAUGUAAUUGUUGACCCGUCUUAAUGGUUUUGCUUCGGUGUUUGGUUCCCCAGGACGCCAAGCCUCUGGAGGUCUACAGUGUAGAGUUUAUGGUGGAUAACAACCAGCUGGGAUUCCUGGGUAAGGUUUAUAUAACUUUGGUAGCUAACCAGGAUAACACUACCAGGCUAACUCUUUGGAUAGAGCUUAUAUAUGUCUAGACCUCUCAAAGGAAACGUAUUUUCUCUAUGUUUCAGUGUCCGACCGAGACCAGAAUCUAUCGGUGUACAUGUAUCUGCCUGAAGGUAAGUUAACAUAAACGUGGUAAUACUGUCCCACAAACAUCACAAUGUCAAAUAAAGACCGAGGUCAUGUGUGAUGACAAACUGCAGCUCCACCGUGUCAUGAUCACUGAACUGGUACUUUGUGUCCUGCUGUAGCUAAGGAGAGUUUCGGGGGCAUGCGUCUGCUGAGGAGGGCAGACUUCAACGUGGGAGCUAAUGUCAAUGCCUUCUGGAGGAUGCCCUGUCGAGGGGCACUGGACACAGCCACCAAGAAGACCCUGGCCUGGGACAACAAGCACAUCACAUGGUUUGGUAGGACACAACUUUGACUUUGUGAUUUGUAUUGAAACAGGGUAGAAGUUGAUGUGAAAGGGUUGUCUGUUGAAAAUCUUGCUUCAAUAGGUCUGAAUAAAUGCUCCUCCUGGUAUAAUGCUCUCAGAAGGAUGAACAUGGUAUGGAGCUUUAGCAGUAACUCUUCUCCUCUUCCCUCCCUACAGCCACUCUGGAUGGAGGCAUCGGGCUGCUGCUACCCAUGCAGGAGAAGACCUACCGCAGAUUGCUGAUGUUGCAGAAUGCUCUCACCACCAUGCUGCCACACCACGCAGGGUUAAACCCCAAGGCUUUCAGGUAACUCACCACACAAGGUUACUGAUAACGGUUGUGGUUAUCUUUAUUCUCCCCAUGGCUCUAAAGUUGGCAACACUUCAAUACUUUUUAGGCUUUCUGAGGCAACAUUAAUUGGCUUUUUUAGAAAGCUGAGACUAAAACUAAGUUUUUGGAUCUCGUUCCUCCAGGAUGUUGCAUGCUGACCGGCGGCAGCUCCAGAACGCGGUGCGGAACAUUCUGGAUGGAGAGCUGCUCAACAAGUACCUGUACCUCAGCACCAUGGAGCGCAGUGAGCUGGCCAAAAAGAUCGGCACCACCUCUGAUAUAGUGAGUAUUAUUAGUUCCUUCUUUGGCCUAGUUCUCUCAUCGACAAAACUAGCUACACGAGCCAAGGCAGAUGCAUCUUAAUAAUGUAUCUAAAUCCAAUUUAUAGUCCCCAUCUUAAUCAAUUGUGGUCCAAAUCAACUUGGCGCAAAUAACUAUCAGUUAUGAGAUAUUUGAAUCAAUUAUCCGUAUCUCCAUUUCAGAUCUUGGAUGAUCUCCUUGAGGUUGACAGGGUGACUGCUCAUUUCUGAGAGCAGCAUCCUUGACCACGCCUUCCUCAGCAUGCGUGAGACCCAGGAUCUUCUCCCAUCUGUUUUAUAUGAAAAGGAGGCUUUUUGGUAUCUAUGUUCUGUAUAGAAACUUUAGUUUUUUUGUUAUGUGUUUAAUAAAUUUUGUUCAGUCAGAUAAGGAGUUCGUAGUCAUGUUUCUUAGAAUAUUUUGUAAACAAAAUGUAUUUAAAAAAACAUUCAAAACACUGGAUUGUACAUGUCUUUAUAAAACGUUAUAAUCAUCUUUGGUCUUUUAGGGUCAAAUAAUUUGAGUUCCGCACCUGUAACUCGCAAAUUUGUCAUGGACAUCAAUGCAUUAUUUACACAAGAGACAAAGAAUUCCAAGGGGAGGAAGGGCACUUUAUUUAGUUAACGCCACUUUCCUUAAUAUAAGAAUACAAAUAUUUCCUAAAAGGGAUGAACAUUGAUGACUUGUUAAAGAAUGACUUGACCAAACUAUAUGCCUGCAGUUAAAGUAAUCUCAGCAUCUAUAAGCACUAUUAUCCAGGUAAUGCAACGUAAGAUUAAAAAGCCUGAAUGUUCUCUGUGUCUAAACAUGUGCUAUUAAUAAGAUUUAAUAUAAAUCUGAAAAGGCUGCCAAUCUUAUUCAAAUCAGAUUGCUCCAUCGUUGACUUUCUCAUUCAUAAAAAUCGUCAUGGCCACAGCAGGAAUCUUGGCUAAAAGGAAUCACUUUCAAGCUUUUUACCACCACAUACUGCUAUCAAAUUCAACCCCAGUAAAAACCAAAAAGAAUAAAUGGUUCUACGUUUGUAAUCAUUAAAAUGUCUUGUGCCAGUUGACAUUCCUUGGAGGCAUUGAGACAGUGCUCCUCAAUACCAUGACUCCUGGCGAGUCAAGUGCUGAGCUUGGAGCUGUAUUUGGUACUUUUUCCUGUCCUCUGACUAAGACACAUGAUAGUCUUCAUUCUGCCAAAGCAGAUUUGGUAUGUACUGUAGAUGUGGGAAAUGUAUAGCACCAUUGUAGCAGCCCAUCUGUCCAUUUGACAACUAUCAUAUUAAAAUACUUAUUCAGUAGUUAUCCUCCUGUCGAACGGGUUGCAUUUCUUGAGCUUUAAUCAGGAGUCACUAGUCUCAGGUAUGCAGCUGAGGUAUGGUGUGUCAGGGUGUCAGCCUCUACUUCAGAUAUUGGUAGACUUCCUCAUCCAGUGAUAUGAGGUUGAAGUAAGACAACAGGGAUAGCAGGGAUCGUGUCAGACUCAUCAUCGCCAUUUCUGACCUGGGAAGAUACAAUGAUUGAAGUUAAUGUUUUAGGCAAUCUUGUAGGAACUAAAUAUGCUGAUUUAUGUAUUUAAGGGGAAUGUCUGGAGCAAGACCUACCCAGUCGGGUCUACUGAUAUAGUGAUAUAUACUCAGUGGCCAGUUUAUUAGGUACACAACCCCGUUAGCAGAAAUCGUUCACUCCUACAGACAGUGAGUCACAUGGCCUGCUAUAUAAAAGCAGGCAGAGGCAUCCAGUUACUGUUCGAUUGAACGUUUGAAUGGGCAAAACUAGUGACCUAAGCGACGGAGCGUGGUAUGAUUGGUGCCAGGCACGCCGGUUCCAGUAUCCCCAAGGCUUUUCACGCACGACAGUGUCUAGGGCAGCGUUUCCCAAACUCGGUCCUCGGGACCCCAAGGGUUGUGCAUGUUUUGGUUUUUGCCCCAACACUACACAGCGGAUUCAAAUGAUCAAAGCUUUAUGAUUAAUUCAUUAUUUGAAUCUGCUGUAGUGCUAGGGCAAAGACCAAACGUGCACCCCGAGGACCAAGUUUGGGAAACCCUGGUCUAGCUAGGGUUGGUGCGACAAACAAAACCUCUAGUCAGCGGCAGUCCUGUGGGCGAAAAUAGCCUGUUGAGAGGUCGAAGGAGAAUGGCAAGAAUCGUGCAAGCUAACAAGCGGGCCACAAACAGGCAAAUAACGGCGCAGUACAACAGUGGUGUGCAGAAAGGCAUCUCUGAACGAACAACUCGUUGGUCCUCGUCGCAGAUGGGCUAAUGCAGCAGACGACCACACCGGUUUCUACUCCUAUCAGCUAAAAACAAGAAGAAGCGGCUCCAGUGGGCACGCGAUCACCAACACUGGACAAUUGAGUGGAAAAACGUUGCAUGGUCUGACAAAUCCCGGAUCCUGUUGCGUCAUGCUGAUGGCAGUCAGGAUUUGGCUUAAGCAGCAUGAGUCCAUGGCCCCAUCCUGCCUGGUGUCAACGGUACAGGCUGGUGGUGUAAUGGUGUGGGGAAUGUUUUCCUGGAACACGUUAGGUCCCUUGAUACUGUUGGGUACUAACUUUUAAACUUGAAAUAUGAAGGAGAUGGGGAGCGAAGUGAAAAUGACAUGGCUUGGGAACACCUCUUGUAACCUGUGGCUUAACGGGGGAUGACUGGGUGAAAGCAUUAGGUUUUUUAGGGCCUUCAUUUUUGUGGAACCCAGCAGAAAAUUAUCCCGAAGGCAUAGUCAGGCGAAGCGAGAGUGGGAAUCGUCAUGUUAUCAAACUUCGGUUUUUCUUUGCAAAUAUAAUUAUGCAUAGCUUAACAUGUUUUGUGUUUCUUUUUGCUUUUCAAGUGGUGCUAUUACUCUGAGGAAGUGGAGAAAGUCAAAAGCUCCAGCUGAAAUGUCGUCAUCAGUUGUCUGAUGAGAGAAGGAAAUAAGAGUGUGCAUAGUGUGAUUAUAGAGCAGAGGCCAUAAAUCUGAGGUGUAAAUAUACAAGUCAACUGAAUGUUAAUCGUUUCAUUAAAAAAAAAAAGUAAUCUCCAAGUUUAUAUAAUGUUGAACAGUAUGGAGUUAUUGUUCAUAAAGGGGACUGUUGGGUACUAACUUCUAAACUUGAAAUAUCCUUAUUCAUGUUACCAUAUUAGAACUGAGGGUAUGGAAAUCUACUGAGUGAGAAAGGUGAGUGCAGGAAGAACAUGUUCUUGUUAAAUCUCAGGUGUCCUAUGGAGAGGAGAAGGGUCACAGUCUGGUUCCAGUCAACAGAUAAGGUAGGACAGCCGUGAGUUGGGGAGGAGUGAGGAAUUUGGGCCCAGGUCAGGUCAGAUGAAGUGAGAAAGAACAGGCAUCACUAAAGUCCUGCCUAGCAACAAAGAUGUGUUUAGAGAAAAGGAGGAGACUGCCUAAAGGGGGGUAUAAAUACUUGUGCUGGUGGAAACAUGUCUUUGUUUUAUGCAGCUGUGUGACCCAGUGGGUGAAUAAACUUGGUUUGAGCUUUACUAGUCGUCCGCAAGUUUGACUGUUUAUUUAGAAUCUAGAAAUACCAAUUGAGCAAUGCUUCCAUGCCCUGAAGAAUACAGGGUGAUCUGGAGGCAAAGGGGGGGUGAGACCUAGGAGAUGUUGACGCUUGCGCUCUAGCCAACCGUUCGCAGAUACAGUGCGAGUAGGCUAGUCUACAUAAUGGAAUUAUUAUGGAUAAGUGUGAGAAUAUUUGGAUUUGUCAAACGGCAGUCAAGCAUCGAUCAUCAUGUCACCAGAAUAAGACCCUGGAUAUUUAUUGGAAAGGAGCAUCAAGAUCACUGUGCACUUUCACCACCCUGUGAAAUUCACAACUUCUCAUCUGUAGCCUAAUAAACUGCAUGCUUUCCCGAGUCCUAGUGGGAAGACCACACCAUAUCACGUGACUCCAAGUUCACUUAAAUAUGAUGGUUAUUAUAUAAAUAUUUUCGCAUAAAGGCAUUUCCACUGCCAAUUCUCGCAUAAUUAAUCUUACGAACAAAUGAUCUGUCGGCAUUCAUAAAAUUGUACCGAAACUUCCCGUUUCCAUCACAGCUGUCAUGAUUUAUUAUUUUUUUAUACAGUAUGAUUUUACUCGCAUAAAAACUGUGGAUGGAAACGUGGUUACUGAGUGUAUAGUGUUGGAUAAUUCGUUACCUCAGGGCACACUCGAACUUGAGGCUCUCCCAGGAGGUCCACACCCAUCGGAACACCCUGAACCUGGGAAGAACUCCCGGCCUCUCUGCCUGGAGCCGCCCCCAGCCUUGCACAGCGCUGGAGACAGGACAACAGGUUAGCAAGUAUCUACAACUGCUGCUAUGUGAAACAAUCGUCUGUUCACCUCUUAGCCAUGACACAGUAUCUGUCCACCAGAGCUCCCAGCCAGAUGUUGAUGCUGCUGCUACUCACCUCUUGGCCAUGACACAGUAUCUGUCUACCGGAGCUCCCAGUGUGAUGUUGAUGCUGCGGACCGUGUUGAUGUUCCUGAACACCAGCAGCAUGGGGCGUGGCAUGGACUUGAGAACAGCCAUGAUGUUGUCAAAGUGAUUGACAGCCAUGUCCUUCAUAUAGGAUGUCUCUUCAUGACUCAGGAUGUUGGACAUGCCCAGCUCCCGCAUGUUGAUUGGCCGCUGCAGCAGCAUCUCACAGAAGAUGAAGUAG